AUGACCAUUACUGCUGAUAAGUUUUGUCGGUUGAAUGUGGCUGUGAUUGGAGGGGGAAUUGGGGGACUUGCGAGCGCAAUCGCUCUUCGUCGUUCAGGUCAUGUUGUCACAAUCUACGAACAAUGCUAUCAAAUCAGAGACGCCGGAGCAUCAAUCAGCUUCCCUGCCAAUGGCACCAAGUGGCUAGAUGAGUGGGGAGUUGAUAUCACCUUAGGCAAACCUACAAGUAUCCAAAAGCAAAUACGACAUGAUCUAGAGACCGGCGAUGUGCAAGAUGUUCUCGAAAUUUCUAAUUACACAGAGAGAUGGGGUUAUGAACAUUAUAACUUCUAUCGGAAGGACAUGCACAGAAUGCUGUUAGAAGCAGCAAUUGGACCAGGCGAGGGGAAGCCAGCCACGCUCAAACUGGAUCACUCUUGCAAAACGCUGGAUUUGGAGAAGGGGUCAAUCACAUUCCGCAAUGAGACAACUGUCCAGCACGAUAUUAUCAUUGGGGCUGAUGGGAUCGGGUCCUCCGUGCGUCAAGCUCUAGGGAUCGUGCCCGAGCGUAGGAGAGCAACAUCCACUUGCUAUCAUUGUGUGAUCCGAGCAAUCGAGGUCCACCGUCUCGGGUUUCCUGAAAUGGCCGGCAAUAGCGCCCUAGAGUACUGGGGGCAGGGGUUGCAAAAGAUCGUCUAUUCGGCGUGUCGCAGUGGGGACAUUCAGUCGUUCUAUCUCUUCUUUCCUCUCUCCAGUACCGAUUCCGAGCAGGAUACCGAGAGCUGGGAUGGCGGUGGAACACAUGAAGAACUCUUACGGUCCUUCCCAAAAUUGGAUCCGAGACUACGCACGCUGCUGUCUCAUUCUGUGGACAUUCAUCCCUGGCGACUCUUCGAACAUUUGCCGUAUGCACGUUGGCAGUGGGACCGCACUUGCAUCAUGGGAGAUGCUGCGCACCCCAUGCUUCCUGACCAAAGCCAGGGUGCAUGCCAGGCCAUCGAAGAUGCAGCAGCACUAGGGAUUAUUUUCUCGCAGGAAUACUCCUUCUCUUCAAAUAUAAGUGCCGGGCUGCAACUGUACGAGAACAUCCGUAAGCCUCGGGCAACUAAGGUGCAAGCUGCCAGCGCCCGAGCUCGCAAGAACCUCUCAGAGCGGAUCGGGUUUUCUAGCCAACUCAACAGUAAAUUAUACAGUGUGGAGAGUGAAAAUGAAAAGCUAACAAUCGAGGAGAUCAACGGGUAUAACAUGAAAGAGCAUAUAGCAUCUCAGGCUAAUGUGGCAUAUCGGAAUCCAGGAUAGCGGGGUAAUCUUUCAUUUCUCGGGCAGAGCAAAAAAAGUCCGGGUCAGCAGCCUAAACUAAGCUUGCGCAGCUAAAACCUCAGAUGCUAAGCAUAAUCCGAGUUUCAGAGACAAAAAGGGAGAGCGUUGUUAAUAACCAUUGUCCGCCAUAAUUCUCUUUCCCAUUUUUGCCUGGGAUUUAUCAAGCUUUCCAGCGAAUUAUGAUCAGCGGUGGAAAGAAAGAGAUAUGCGCGAGCUUCGAUAUUGGAUUUAGCUGUAGCAUUGGUUGAGUUGCCAUUACUAUCUAAU